CAGCCGUUUUGAUGCUACGCUGCGGUGAAGGCAUUCUGGGAUAUCUUCAUGGAGCGCUGUUAUGCAGAGGAAGCUAACGUUAGCAGUUAGCAGUUAGCAGUUAGGGGUUAACGGUUAACGGUUAACGGUUAACAGUAAACAGUGAAGAUGCAGAGGGCAGUCUCCAGUUUGUCUCUGUGUCCCAGUGUGAAGGUUAAACUAGUCAGCGCUGGUUUCCAGUUCACCGCGGACCUGCUGCACCUCAAACCGCUACAACUCUGCAAAGAGGCUGGUCUAUCCCAGCAGGAGGCACUUGAGGUGCUGCAGGGUGUGAGGAGUGAGGGAGGAGAGGGAGGAGGAGGAGGAGGAGGAGGAGGAGGAGGAGGAGUGUCAGCCUCUCUGACAGCUCUGCAACUCCUGCAGAAGGAGGAGGAGACCAGGAGCAUCGUGACAUUCUCCUCUCAGCUGGACGCUGCUCUUGGAGGAGGACUUCCUCUAGGGAAAACUUCAGAAAUUUGUGGAGCUCCAGGAGUAGGAAAAACACAACUGUGCUUGCAGCUGGCCGUGGACGUCCAGGUGCCUCAGUGUUUCGGGGGGGUCGGCGGUCAGGUGAUCUAUAUCGACACUGAGGGCAGCUUCCUGCUGCAGAGAGUCAUCGAUGUGGCCACCGCUGCCGUCAGACACUGUUCCUUAUUGGUCGAAGAUGAUGAGCAGCGUGUCGCCAUGACAUCCUUCACUGUGGAGACGAUCCUGUCCAACAUCUUCCUGGUGCGUUGCCAUGACUAUGUGGAGCUGCUGGCCGAGCUUCACCUGCUGCCUGAUUUCCUGUCAGACCACCCCAGAGCCCGCCUCCUGGUGAUUGACAGCAUAGCGUUUCCAUUCAGACGGUUUGAUGACCUGUCGCAAAGGACACGCCUCCUCCAAGGCCUCGCCCAGCAACUAAUUUCCAUGGCAGCCAGACACCACAUGGCCGUAGUGAUGACCAACCAAAUGACCACACGGCUGCGUGGCAGCCAAUCGCAGCUGGUCCCCGCCCUCGGAGAGAGCUGGGGUCACGCCCCCACCAUCAGGCUCCUCCUACAGUGGGCGGGGUCACAGCGACUGGCGACCAUCUUUAAAUCUCCAGGUCACAUGGAUGCCACUGUCCAAUACCAGAUUACUUCCGAUGGGUUCAGAGACGCCGACCGAUCAGAGCAGCCGCAGAGCAAACGACCCAGAACACACAACAACCAAUCAGGUUUCAGCCAGCUAGACGCCUGCUGCUGAUAGGUCAGGGGCCCAUCGGAGGCUGAGCUGAGUGUUUUGCUUGGAUAUCUUCAGUGAAGGUUAAAUGCUAGUGUUAAAUUAAAGAUAUAUCAGUAGAUAUAUAAAAUAAAUAUAUAAAAUAUAAUAUAUAAAAUAAAUGAAAUGACUCUGAUUCUCUUUUCCCUGAUUCAGGUUGUUGUACUUAACUUGAGUUUUUCUAAUUGAUGUUACUUUCUAACUAGACUUCAGGAGUUGUACAAGUAUGAAAUAUAUUGCGGCUGAUUAGAUAUGAAGAAUAAAUAAAUUAAAGGUGUGAACUGUCCUGCAACAGAACAAGAAGAGCUCCUGAAGUCCCGACUAAUUAUUCUUAUAGAUUUAGUUUUACAAGAUAAAGAUCCUCCUUAGCAGCUCCACAGUUUAACUCUGAAUGCAUUAUGAGCACUUCUACUUUUUAUACUUUAGGGUUCUGUCAGUCCCGUUCAUCAGGUCUGCACGUGAAUCCUGUCCUCACACAUGCUCAGUGUCUUCUCCAUGUUCUUUGCUGUCUGAAUCAUCUCCUGUGGAUCAGUUUUUUGUCUGAUGAACUCCUGUAUCUCUUCAUCGCCAACACCUGACAUGACCUCCAGGAUGUUUAAAAGAUGAGUUCACGUGUUUUUCAUAUCCAUGUACAGAGUGGCUCUUGUGUCUUAUGAUUCCUCCUUUCACAGUGAGUGACUGUGAAGUGAUUUCCUCAAAACACAACUGCACUGUCAGAGAUGGAUGACUAAAUCUACAGUUAGUUCUGAUGUUCAAAUCAAGAUACUAUGAGUCUGAUGUUACCUUUGGGAGGUAAAGACUGAAAUGUCCAUUGAAGCUUCAUAUUCUCUGCAUGUGGACUGAUUGGUCAUCUCUCUGACAGAAACAGAAGACUGUCUCUGUCUUCAUACUUAGUUGAAGUGUUUUAAUCAUCUAAGUUACAUAAACCAGUAUAGGGUUGUAAAGUGCCAACUUCCAAGCUUGUGUUUGCUUAGAAGUUAUGUUUCUCUUCUGUUUGUGUUUGGAACAUGGGGUCAUCUGCUCAUGUCUUCUACUUUUGUGCAGAAUGUCUGUUCAUUAUAGCAAACCUAAGUAUCGAGCUGAGAAAUGUUUGUAGAAUGAGCUAUGAACUGUAGAAUAAGUAUGGGUGAACUUGGAAUGAGAGAUAAACAGUGCAAUAUGUGUAUGUAUUCUGAAGUGUUUAUCGAUAGUUUGAUAUACAUCAAAUUUCAAUGGACUCUAAGAGUAAAAGACAUCUUAUGUUUCAGAGUCUGAAACUGAUAACUUUUUGAGACCCAGGGAGCUGGGCUUAUCCCAAGACAUGAUGCUUUUGAAGAACCUGUGAAAUAAAGCGAAU